GGGACUCGCAGACUUCCUGGUCGGGCGGCCGGAAGGCGGCCGCUGGGGUGAGCCAUGGGGAGGGAGUGCGACGCCAUCCUGGAGGCCCUGGAAAACCUCACGGUCGACGAGUUGAAGAAGUUCAAGCUGAAGCUUCUGUCGGUGCCGCUGCGCCCCGGCUAUGGGCGCAUCCCGCGCGGGGUGCUGCAGUCCAUGGACGCCGUGGACCUCACCGACAAGCUCGUGAGCUUCUACCUGGAGUCCUACGGCUCCGAGCUCACGGCCACGGUGCUCAGGGAGAUGGGCAUGCAGGAGAUGGCGGAGCGGCUGGAGAACACGCUCCGGGCCAGCAGGGACCAGCCAGCUGCAAUCAGGGCCCCUCUCCAGAUGGCGGCCGCACGCGGACCCCCAAGGCCCCACUUCGUGGAUCAGCACCGCAGGGCACUCAUCUCCCGCGUGACCGAUGUGGACGGCGUGCUGGAUGCCCUGUUUGAUGACCAGGUGUUGACAGAGGAGCAGUACCAGGCGGUGCGCGCCGAGGCCACCAACCCCACCAAGAUGAGGAAGCUCUACAGCUUCACGCCCGCCUGGGACAUCAGAUGCAAGGACCUGUUCCUCCAGGCCUUGAGGGACAUCCAGCCCUACCUGGUGGACGAUCUGGAGAAAUGCUGAGGCCUCCUCUCCAGCACCCGGCCACAUUCCACUAUGGCAGCUACACAGAUCCUCCUAGCUCUUGACUUUGGUACAUAAUAUAUGAAAAAACGACC